UCUCUCUCUCGCCCCCCACCUUCCAACAAUGUCUGGUGCUCUCCUUGAUCAUUGAAAGCCCAGGAUGAUCCCCCUCAAUGAUCCAUUCAGAGAACUAGUAUUAGAAACAGCUCAUGGACGAUCAGCAUGCACCUGAUAUUGUCCUUUCGGUUACAACCCAACUUCUCUCUUCCAAAAAACCAUACCUCCACAAAAUUUUACCCCAGUUUGCCCCCCCCUCUCCCCUCCCCAGAAUCAUCAUCUUAUUUGGGUCUGCGUGUUUGUGUCUGUCGAGAUUGAGAAACAUAGAGAUGUUGGAGCCGGUUCGUUCCUUGCAUAGCCUUCCUCUAUUCCUUGGCAUAUAUCAGCAUUCAUGGAUUAUCUUACUCGAGCAAGAUUUGCCUGACUCCCACAUCCCCACAAUGCAUCAGUAGACGUGCCUGCCACCCAAUUUUCCCCGUAGAUGGAGACCCCUGUAGAGAUUGGUCUCUCCUUUAUUUGACAGAGAGAUGCAUCCAAAUAAACUUCCAUUUGAUACCCAUGGCAAAUGCAAAAACGUUGUGAUGGAUCGAGUUUCGAUCUCCAGAUUCCCGUUGGUGCAUGAAGGGUAAAAAGGAGCGCACACAGCCAAGUAAAUCUGAAGUUAUGGACUCAAUCCCCAAGAAAGAAACAAAUGUAUGUUACGACAUGCCAGGUGAUCCCAAAAAGCCAGAUCGAGCAGCUAAAGAUGUCUCUGAGUCUACCCGUGAUUCGCCUGCUAUACCUGCAAAUUCUGAUCCAUUUCCCAAAGAUUGUGAAGUUGGAUUGAGAAAAGUCGAACGGGAUAACAAGAAUAAUACCACUGCAGAUGGACCACCCAUUUGCCAGCAGCAGAUACCAGGCCUAACAAUAACGCAUGCCAAUAAUCAUAACCACAACGAAAUUUCAACAGCUUCAUCAGCAGCGAUAUUGACAAGUAGACCACUCACAGCAACGACGCUGCAACCGCAACCAAAUGCACAGAACUCCAAUAGCCAGCAGGGACCGAGCCGUAGUAACAGCUUGGAGAACUCAGGUACAAUGCUGAGGCCCCACACAGGUGGGGAUGUUCGAUGGGAGGCCAUCAAUAUGUUGCCCAAGGGAGGUCCCAAACUUGGCAUGAGCAACUUUCGGCUCCUGAAGCGCAUAGGUUAUGGGGACAUAGGGAGCGUGUAUCUCGUGGAGCUCCGAGGAACCAACACUCACUUUGCCAUGAAAGUGAUGGACAAGUCAUCCCUUGCCAGCAGAAACAAACUCCAGCGAGCUCAGACCGAAAGGGAGAUACUCGGGCUCCUCGAUCACCCAUUUCUGCCCACUCUUUAUUGUUACUUUGAGACCGAAAAGUUCUAUUGCUUGGUCAUGGAGUUCUGCAGCGGAGGAAAUCUGCAUUCCCUCCGUCAAAAGCAACAAAACAAGCAUUUCACCGAAGAAGCUGCCAGGUUUUAUGCAUCGGAGGUGUUGUUGGCGCUGGAAUACCUGCACAUGCUUGGCAUUGUGUACAGGGACCUGAAGCCAGAGAACGUGCUGGUGAGAGAUGAAGGGCAUAUAAUGCUUUCGGACUUCGACUUAUCACUACGGUGCUCAGUCAGCCCAACACUAGUAAAGUCCUCGUCAGUACAUGUAGGCAGUAGCAGCAGCAGCAGCAGCACUGGUUUUUCGUCUGGGGCCAUUUUGGAUGAGGAGUACGCGGUGCAUGGUUGCAUGCAGCCAUCCAACUUUCUGCCACGGAUAUUGCCCGGGAAGAAGAGCCGCAAGUCUAAAUCGGACUUCGGGGUGCUGGUAGGUGGAGGAGGGCCGCAGUCUCAAUUGCCCGAGCUGAUGGCGGAGCCAACCAACGUGAGGUCCAUGUCCUUUGUGGGGACCCAUGAGUAUCUGGCUCCGGAGAUCGUCCGUGGAGAAGGACAUGGGAGCGCAGUCGAUUGGUGGACGUUUGGCAUAUUCUUGUAUGAGCUGCUGCACGGCACCACCCCCUUCAAGGGGUCAGGCAACCGGGCCACUCUCUUCAACGUGGUGGGGCAACCCUUGAGAUUUCCGGAGACCCCUCACGUGAGUUCCGUGGCGCGGGACUUGAUACGAGGCCUCCUAAUCAAGGAGCCCCACAAGCGAAUUGCCUACAAGAGAGGUGCCACUGAGAUCAAGCAACACCCGUUCUUCGAGGGAGUGAAUUGGGCCCUGGUGAGGAGUGCUCUGCCUCCCCAUGUACCUGAUCCCGUCGACUUCUCGCAGUUUGCUGUUAAAGAUCCAACGGCAGAACACGCCAACAAGAAGAUGAUGACUGAUAAUAAUGAUGCUACUCAUCAUGAGAAAGACAACAAUCCUAGUGACUCUUCUUACAUAGAAUUCGAGUACUUCUAACAAUCAUGGACAAUGGUGGAUGAAUUGAUCACCGAUGUUUGAUGUAUACAUGAAUAGAGCUAAAGAUUUU